GGGCCUCCGGGCCCUGCCGCCGCCGCCGCGCCGCCGCGCGCUGGCCAAACCAAACACCAGGCGGAGGGAACGCGCGGGCGGAGCGCGGGUGCCUAGCAACCGGGGGCGCCGAACCGAGUUGCUGCGGACGCAGAGCGGAAGUGCGAGCGGGGCUGGAGCUGAGGUGGGUGACUGGAACAGGCCUCGGGUGUUCUGACCCCUCAACCCCCUGCGCCAUGGCCACACUCAGCGUCAAGCCCAGUCAGCGCUUCCGGUUGCCGGACUGGCACACCAACAGCCACCUGCUGUCCACCAACGCCGAGCGGCAGCGAGAUGCUUCACACCAGAUCCGCCAGGAGGCCCGGGUCCUUCGCAAUGAGACCAACAACCAGACCAUUUGGGAUGAACAUGACAAUAGGACUCGACUGGCGGAGAGGAUUGAUACUGUCAACCGUUGGAAGGAGAUGCUGGACAAGUGUCUGACAGAUUUAGAUGCUGAGAUUGACGCCCUGACCCAGAUGAAAGAGUCGGCAGAGCAAAACCUGCAGGCCAAGAACCUGCCUCUGGAUGUAGCAAUUGAGUGCCUGACCUUGAGGGACAGCCGGCGUGACAUUGAUGUGGUGAAGGACCCUGUGGAGGAAGAGCUGCACAAAGAGGUGGAGGUCAUUGAUGCCACCAAGAAGGCCUUGCAACAGAAGAUUAGCCAGGCCUUCGAGAAGCUCUGCCUCCUGCAGGAAGUCCGACAGCAGCUCAGCUCUGACCAUCGGGACAAAAUGGAGACACUGGACAUUGACAGAGGCUGCCUCUCUCUCAACCUCAAGUCCCCAAACAUCUCUCUGAAGGUCAAUCCCACACGUGUCCCAGACGGCUCCUCCACCCUCCAGCAAUGGGACGACUUCAGCCAGUUCAACAAGAGCCGCGCAGAGGCUGAGAUGAAAGGGGCCGUAGAGCUGAGGGAGGCCAUGGCCCUAACCAUUGCCGAGACCAACAAUGAACUCGAAGCCCAGAGGGUGGCCACAGAAUUUGCCUUCAGGAAGCGGCUGCGGGAGAUGGAGAAAUUGUACAGUGAGCUCAAGUGGCAGGAGAAAAAUACCUUGGAGGAGAUCGCCGAGCUGCAGGAAGACAUCCGGCACCUGGAGGAGGAUCUGCGCCGAAAGUUACAGAACCUGAAGCUAUGCCAUACCCGGCUAGAGUCCAGAACUUACAGGCCCAAUGUGGAACUCUGCCGGGACCAGGCACAGUACGGCCUCACUGACGAGGUUCACCAAUUAGAGGCAACCAUCGCUGCUCUGAAGCAGAAGCUGGCGCAAGCCCAGGAUGCUCUGGAGGCUCUCUACAAGCACCUGGCCCGGCUGCAGGCUGACAUCGACUGCAAGACCAACUCCAUGCUGCUGGACACCAAGUGCAUGGACACCCGCAGGAAGCUGACUGUGCCUGCAGAGAAGUUUGUGCCUGAGGUGGACACCUUCACCCGAACCACAAACCGCACCCUGAGUCCGCUCAAAACCUGCCAGCUGGAGCUGGUCUAGUCUUGGGGGGCUGAGGGAUGAGAGAAGGGUCCGUGGGGAGAUGGAAGAGGGAGGGGGGGUGGAGAGAAUGAAUUUAAUAAAUUGUGGAGAGAAUGAAUUUAAUAAA